AUGGCAGAGGGUCCCGAGGCCCGACCAAGUUUCGAGCAGGUCUCUGGCCUCUUAUCCGACAUCCCGCAAGACAAGUUGAUUCACCUGAAACAUAAAUUGAACUCCGUGCGGCAGGAUACCAGGAGCUGCAAACUCCUGCAAGCGAUGAUCCUGUUGACCCUGGGACAUGAGCAACAGGCCAGUAAGAUCCUGGAUACUUUGGGGGAUGACGUAGCAGUGGCCCAUAUUUGUAGACGUCACUGGGGCAGCACACAGGUCGGUGGCAUUCAUCCUCCGAAGGAAGAGCCCCGGGCGGCGCAGGCAUUGGCCCAGAUUUAUUCACUUCUGGCAGAAGAAAAACUGUGCCUCCCCCAGGCCAGAGAUGAAGCCUAUCGAGCAGCGAUCAAGGCCUUUCGCUGCAGCAAUGGGGUCCAGAGCGCCAAGCUCGAUAGCCUCCUGGCCGAAGCACGAAAGAAAUGCGGCCUCGGUUUCGCUGCAGAGCUGGCGAGCGGUGAAUUUAAGACCUUGAAAUCUGACACGGAGAAAUUCCCAAGGAGCUUCCCGGUUCCAAUUAACAGCGCGUUGGUGCCGUUGGGUCAGCCCCUGCGUUCCACGGGCACCCCCGCCUCCUUCGCGAGCCACUUUGAGAUCAGCCAGUCCCCCACCGUGCCGUACCUCACUGAGAUGGCUCGCCGAUGCGGUGACCCCGAGGUCAGCAAGCUUUGUGGGAGUGCCACCAGUUCUUUGGCACAACCUGGUGAAGGGGAAACUAGCCUGGCAUCACCGGCUGUUAGCCGGUCUGAUAGCCCGGUUCCGCAAGACCAGCCCCAAGGCAACAGCAGAGAUGACUGCCUAGGUAGUGGUUUGAGUCCAUCGGUGUCCUCUGGCAAGGAAGAUGCGCUGCCUUUAGAGGAAACUGUUCAGAGACCCGUAGAAUGUACUGAACCCCCAAAUAUAAUGCCAGCAGAACUGCCAGAUCUCAAAGAAGGCAUACACUCAAAUUUGCAAGCUACAUCCCCGCUGCAAGGCAAUCCAGCUACCGAACGGUAUAUCCAAACUCCCGUAGAGGAUUCUUGUUCUGCAUCUCAAAGCACUGGUCCUAAAUCUGCAUCUUCUUCCAAGGACGUCCCUCCUGCAACAGCAUCCUCCCCCACAGGCCCACAGGAUGAUGAGAAUCAGUUCUUCAUGUUCGUAGUGGUCCACGCGAAUGAAGAUGAGAGCGUUGCCUGCCGGGUAAAGGAUCUUCUGGAAAACAUGGGAGUCCCGAACGGAGCCACUUUCUGCGAGGACUUCCUGGUCCCUGGACAUAACCAAUUGGCCUGCUUCCAGGAUGCGCUGGACAACUCGGCCUUCACGCUCCUGCUCCUGACAGAGAAUUUCAAGAGCCGGCUCUGCACCUUCCAGACAAACAUGGCCUUGAUGGAUUCCUUCACCAGCAUCAUCAAAUGCAACUCUGUCAUCCCUUUUGUGCCCCAGGAAAGCCCGUUAAAAAAAGGGGAGAUGCCCAGGGUGCUGGUGGGAAUUGUGACCCUGGACGAGAACUCACCUGUUUUCAAAAGAAGGGUGAAGAACACUUUCAGGCUGUCGGAGUUCAACAGGAAGAAGGCCGCCUGGAGCAUGAGGCAGCAGAUACGGCACCAGGAACGGCUGCGCGAACACUAUCAGGAUUAUCAUCAAAUGCAGCAGCGUCUCUUUGCGCUCAGCCUGCAGUCCGGCUUCACAGCCCAGAUGCGUUUCCCAACAAUGCAAGAGGGCUUUCCAGGAUUGUACCAUGUCCCACCCAGCCAUGCUCCACCAUCAUUUUUCCCUCCCACAUUCUCUGCGCCUGGGAUGUUCCAGCAUCAACCCGGGCCGGGCUGGGCCUCUCCCUCCCAGCCCUUUGCCGUCCCGACCUCGAUAUCUCAAGGACCUCAGCCCCACCUGAUCAUCCAGAAUGCCCAGAUGGUUCAAAUUGGGGAUUACAACCAGAUGCAGGUGGAAAGGACCAACGCUGCAGUUGGCGCGACCGAAGGCGAGGGGAGCGAGAACCAGGGAACGGAAGCAAGGGCAGGGGGCAGACACGGGGACUGA